AAACAGCCACUUACCUCCCUCAGUUCCGUGGUGUGUCCCCUGCAGCCUGUUUCACCAGCCGUCCUGUAUUCCAGGAGGCUGGCAUCUUCAGUGUGGGCACCCAGCUGUGAUAGCUUGUGGCUUCACAGCCAGGUGCCCACUGCGCAUGUGCAAGUAGCGCUGCGCUUCGUGAAUGGUCCUGUAGUCUUCUGGGACCUGUCACGUGUCCCACAAGACUACAGGGAGGGAGGACACCUUCCGCUUCUGAUCGCCUAGGUGAUCGGACCGGAAGUGGUAGCGGGUACAUGUCAAAUUAGGAUACCUGCUCCCUCCCCAAAGGUGCCAAUCCUUAAUGGGGAGCAGUCAAAGCAGAACUUUCCAUUUUGGGCGGGAGCUCCGCUUUAACCACUUCAAUAUUGGGCACUUUUA